CGACUACAUUUUUCGCGCUUGCGAACAAAAAUGUUUGAAGGACGUUCUCUAACCUUGUCGAAAUGUCAGUGAAAAUUACAAUUACGAAUGAGUCACUAGAAAAAAUUAAAGUGAAUCUGUGACAAACGAUUACAAAAAGUGUUGGCACUUAAGUUAUUUACAUCUGAUAUCAUGUGAGGAGACAGCUUAGCAACCCAAAUUCCUGGUCGUAAAGACAUGCAAGUUCUUAAAAUUGUGUAUGUUUUAUUGCUGAGCCAAUGUGUCUCUUUGCAAGACUCACCAAAUGUGACCCUCAUCGAUAAUUCAACAGUGGUAAAAUCCAACAACACACAUGGAAUUCUCACAUCAACUACCCAUUCACCGCUUGCAACUUCAUCAUCAAGCAAACCAACAACUGCUGGACAUAACACUGCGCAAAGUAACCCCCCUUCCACCCCUGUUAAAAAUGUCACGACUUCAAGUCACUCUCUCAAAAACACAACUUCUAAUGCAACAUUAUCUGAUCCGAUACUUCCUGACAAAGGAGCAGCUGAAGAUGAACAUAACAGUUCAAUGGCUAUAUUUUUUCUUCUGUGUGUUUUAGCACUGGGCAUUUUACUUAUUCAUUUUAUGCUUCAGACAGGUUUUCAGUAUGUUCCUGAGAGCAUAGUUAUAGUUUUCCUUGGGGCAUUAAUUGGUCUAGCAAUGAAUACUUUAUCUAACCGAAAUAUUAGUAAUUGGCGGAAAGAGGAAGCCUUUUCACCUACGGCAUUUUUCUUAGUUUUACUGCCACCAAUUAUUUUUGAAUCAGGUUACAAUUUACAUAAGGGGAAUUUCUUUCAAAAUAUAGGUUCGAUUUUGGUCUUUGCAAUAUUCGGAACGACAAUUUCGGCUUUUAUAAUUGGUUUUGGGAUAUAUUUCUUGGGUUUAGCGGAAGUCGUUUAUAAGCUGAGUUUUGUCGAGUCAUUCGCUUUUGGUUCCUUAAUUUCAGCUGUUGAUCCUGUGGCAACUGUCGCUAUAUUCCACGCACUUAAUGUUGAUCCUGUACUUAAUAUGUUAGUGUUUGGGGAAAGUAUUUUAAACGAUGCGAUUGCUAUUGUUUUAACAACAGCAGCAUUAGAGUCAAAUAAUCCGGUAAUGUCAACAGGGGAAGCAAUUGUGAUGGGUAUACAGCGGUUCUGUCUAAUGUUCUUCGCUUCCGCUGGUAUUGGGGUAAUUUUUGCUCUUGUGAGUGCCCUAUUUCUAAAACAUGUCGAUCUUAGAAAGAACCCUUCGUUGGAAUUUGCUAUGAUGUUAGUGUUUACUUAUGCACCUUAUGUAUUAGCAGAAGGAAUUCAUCUCAGUGGUAUUAUGGCCAUACUGUUCUGUGGCAUUGUAAUGUCACAUUACACCCACUUUAAUCUAUCCACAGUAACGCAAAUUACGAUGCAACAGACCCUCAGAACCUUAGCUUUCAUCGCCGAAACUUGUGUGUUUGCAUAUUUAGGGUUGGCUCUGUUUAGUUUUAAACAUCGAGUGGAGCCCGCUCUGAUUACUUGGGGCAUAAUUUUGUGUCUCAUUGGCCGCGCUUGUAAUAUUUUUCCACUGGCGAUUCUAGUUAAUCGAUUUCGUGAACAUCAAAUUACCAAAAAAAUGAUGUUUAUAAUGUGGUUUAGUGGUCUUCGUGGUGCCAUUUCUUACGCAUUAUCGCUUCAUUUAAACUUUAGCGAUGAAACGCGGCAUGUUAUUAUUACCACAACAUUGAUUAUUGUUUUGUUUACAACGCUAUUUUUGGGGGGCUCUACUAUGCCUUUGUUAAAGUUCAUACAAGCAACGAAAAAUCCGUCCAGGCGUCUUAAAAGACGCCGAAAAGAUAGAGAAGUUACUUUAAGUAAAACUAGAGAAUGGGGCCAAGCUCUAGACUCAGAGCACUUGUCUGAAACUACUGAAGGAGAAAUGGAAGUGUCGUUCGUCUCAGAUCGAAUAAAGGGUUUUGUUAAAUAUGACUUGAAGUAUUUCAUCCCAUUUUUUACUAGGAGAUUUACACAACAGGAACUGAAAGAUUGCAAAAGCCAAAUGACGGAUUUAACAAAUCAGUGGUACCAGGCAAUAAGGAUAUCUCCUGACCAGUCUGAUGAAGAAAAUGUAACGAUUACUCCUCGGUCAAGUAUUUCAAGCAUUAUUCAUUGAGUACUAUAAAAAGAUAUGAAAACUGUGCUGUAUUAUAACUUAUAACUAAAUAAAAUAUGUGAAGUAUA